AUGGAUGAGACGAGACCUAAAGCUGUCAGGAAGAUGACAAGUCUUAAGAUGAAAGAGACAUCGAUUCACGAAAAUGCGAAGGCCUCCGUUGAUGAUGCUGCUCGUUGCGGAAAUCUCGAAUAUGAGCAAAUGCCAUCGCGUCAGCGCAGCCUAAUCAGUCGCUCGUUCUCUGGAUCCAUUGCGAAGAUCAGGCGAAAGUCAUGGCUUCCUUCCGAUCGAUCCCCUUCUCCGACCCUUCACGGGGAUCUUUUGGAAAAACAACGAUCGGAUGAGGUUGACAGGGAAGCUGUCUCUUCUUGGCCGAACACCAACAUUGACAGCACAUUCACCGAGGAUUUUGCAACCCAAAGCGAUAACGGUUUGCAGAAUGGAUUCAUCCGACGCAACUCUAUGUCUAGGAGAAGGUCGUGGCGGCCUUUGAGCACCAUUUUAGGCAAGAAUUCGGACUUUCAUGUUCCUGUGGUUCCUCAGAUCCCUAGAUCUUUCACAGAUGAGACCUUAGCAUCCGUCUCAUCGAGAAAGACGGUUAGCAGUACACCAACAAUACCCUCUCGGACCUCCAACGAAAGGUUGCAAAGUCCAGCCGUGAAGUAUGGGCGCAAGAAGGAUGAGUUGUGGAGUACGUUCCGAGAUCUUGACAGCGAAUUCCAAAAGUUUCAGGCCAAACCGAGCAACGCAAAGACUGCUGUGAUUCGCUCCACUAUCCUGCCAUUUCUUCGCAACUAUGCUAAUCAUCAUUCGAAUAUCAACAUCAGGCCUGAGCAUCUGGAUCGAAGGGUAGUGAUAUUGAACAAAUGGUGGACCGGUGUCAUAGAAAUGCUCAAUGGCCGGCAUGGAGAAUCUGUGUCCGGAAAUGAAAGACCUGCAGUCCUGGAAGCGGCUACCGGCUUAAUGACACGGCCUGAAUGGACUACAAGUCCAGUCCGUACGGGGAAGGCAACGAAGCCUCUGCCCAAGUCAAGAUCUGCGACCUCACUGACUUCCAAUAUGUCCGAUUUUCUUGUGGACUCUGUUUUUCACAACGUAAAGACAAUGUUAUCGCAAAAUCUUCUUGCUCAGAUGGCCUACGUGGUUGACAAGAUGUCAACGCGCAAUGUUGCUGCUAGUGUUGUAAACUUCUGCGGCAAAGCCACAGCAUACGCUUUCUUCUAUUGCAACGGAAUCGCUGAAGUUCUGGUCAGGUUGUGGGAACUUCCUUCAAAAAGCUUAAGACAGAUUGGAGUUCACAGUGGUUGGGAUUCUCUUCCACAGGAUGCUAAUCUUAGAGACAAAGUUGUGGCCAAUUUCCCCUACUCUCUUCGCCCACUUGGAGGUCUAGCUGGUCCGAUUAUUCGCCAUCUAAGGACACGUCCUCACUUGCCUGCCGCAGCAUCACGAAUCCCUUGGACCGGGCCGUGGGUCAGCAGAUGGAGUGGAGGUGAUACAGAUCUUUUCUACAUCUUCGUCAAAUUCUAUGUAGACAUAGCAUGUCGUCUUCUUCCGGACGACGUAUCUCAAGAAGCGAGAACGGCUGCUCCAGGAUGGUUGCUGAUACAUGCUCAACUUUUGAGAAUACUCGAGCGAACACUAAGACGCUCAGAGAUGGUCUCCCUUGCCGAUCCUGCGCAGAGUCCCCUACCUGUCACAUUCGACUCGAUUCUAGGAGAAGCUGAGGCAACUGCUCCAACGUUGCCUAUAAAUUUUGUCGGUCUACAUCGCUCCAUGGCAGAAAACCGCCUAAUCAUGCUCUUCAGAGACAGCUUGUCGAGUGCCAACGUCAUGGACAAGAAGACCCAACGUAUCUUUGCUGAAUCUAUCAAUGCGAUUUUGAAAACUGCAGCGAGCACCAUUUCUAUCUUCGAUCAUGAUACUUGUUUCUCGCUCUGUGACUUUCUCGAGGAAGCCAUUCCUAUUUUGAAUAGAUAUCAAGCAGACGGUGGGUCUUUCAGCAGUAAUGUGGAUUGGGAUUUCUGGUUCGAGGUGUAUAAGCGCUUUUUGGAAAGUCAAAACAGCCUGACGGAAGUGAGGUUGAUUGCAUUCAUCUUCAGCAUGUGGGGCGCGUUAACGAGCGACGCUCGGAGGAAACGGGAUCUAACUUGUGGUUGGCUUCUUGAUAGGAAAAUCUUCCAUCGACAGUUCAACCACUGGUGCCCCAUGGUUAGAGCAUUCUAUAUGCGCCUUUUAAUAUGGAGAAUCGGGAGGCUCGAUGGGAAGAAGAACGACGAUAAUCGGUACAAGCUCUGCCCUCGCACGGAGAUCUUAGAUGUCUUAAGAGAUCGCUUGGAGGAAACAUGGUCGCACUACCUCUUUUUGCAGCGUGCUGCAGAGGAGCAAGGUCUGCCGCGUGUAUCCACUACCCCUUGCAGUCCUGCUCCAAGCAGGUGUCUAGUCAUCAGUAGGGACGACAUUCAGCCCGCACAAAGUGGCAUGUUCCUUUCGUUUGACGGCAUUUUGUCUUCUACUACUACUGCCAAGGCCAAUCCGUACGAAAAGCAUAGUUCUCCGGACUUUCUCUUUGACCAUGAACGCUCGAAACCGCAAAAGCAGUCAUCGCUAUUUUUGAGAGACAGUUGGAUGUCAAUCAAGAGUAUGCUACUCUCCGGCGCUACAGGCGGACGAUCAGAUAGUGAAGCGAGCAGUACUCAGCCAGAGGCUUCAGCUACGACCACUGAUGCUAAAAGCGACAUUUUGCGUCCUAGGACCCAGGAAGGCUUUUCCAGCGAUCUCGCGAGUGCUGCUCAACCAACGCUCCAAAAAGCAUACAGGCCAUUGUCCUUCAAAUUUUCGCUCGAAUGGAUGGAAAAGGAAGGCAGGUGGGUCGGGAGAGAAAAACGUAUGUCUCCACCAAGGACGCCCCCUUUCAGCCUAUUGCCACAAUCAAACGACCCCGUGCUAGACACUUCUAGAUUUGCCCGUAAGAUUCAGGGACUUACUAGAGGUCCAGGAACGUACACAGGCAGAGCACUUGCGGAGUGGUCGCUCUCCAUAGCUGAAUGUCAAGACUUCAUCGAUAGACGCAGAGCUGAAGGCGUCCCGUCCUAUGAUCUUGUGGAGACGCCAACGCUUACCGUGGAUCCUUUUCGUAAGGUUUAA